AUGCGUCGCUUGAUCCCCAGGGCGGCACACGUGCCCAAGUUUCCGCGUCCCGGCCGAUGCUGGCUCUCGACAGGCAGACCUGGUCUCCCACAGCAGGCGCCUAAGCUCGAUGGACAGGCGGCCACCAGAAGUCGCUUUGAUCGAUUGAUCCAUCGCACCCCACGGUUUUUGAAACCAACGCUGACCGGGCUGAGAGAUGCGCCAGUGUCUCACAUCAGCGCGUUCUUUAUUCUCCACGAGGUCACCGCAGUCGUCCCAUUGUUCGGACUCGCUGGAGCCUUCCAUUAUUGGAAUUGGCUACCGCCCUACUUCGCUGAAGGAGCAUGGGUUUCAGCCGGCGUGGAGAAGUUUGGCAGAUACGCUCGCAAGAAAGGAUGGAUCAGCGAAAAAGGGGAAGCACAGGUUGAGGAACAAACAAAGCAUGGAAAUGCAGAGGCCGUUGAGACGCGAAAGAUGUCCAAUGCGUUCAAGAGAGGGGAAGAGACUACAAGAUGGAUAGUGGAAUUUGCAACUGCGUAUGCCGUUGUCAAAGCGUUCAUUCCACUUCGCAUUGUUGUGAGCGUUUGGGCAUCCCCAUGGUUUGCACGGUGGACCAUCAUCCCAAUAGGCAAGGCUGCACGGAAUUGGCUCACCCGCAAGCCUUGA